AUGUCUGGAGGAGAGGUGGUCUACACAGUACUGGAGAUGCUGAUCGCUGUUGCCUGCUGUCUGGGCAAUGUGCUGGUGAUCUGGGCAGUGUGGUCGAGCAGCUCUCUACGGCAGCCCACCUUCUCCUUUCUGGUUUCUCUGGCUGCAGCUGACAUCCUUGUAGGUUCUGUGGCUGUGCCGCUGGCUGUGCUGGUGGAUGGACGGGUGUGCACCUCGUUCAAUGUAUGUCUCUUCAUAAGCUGUGUGGUCGUCGUGUUGACAAUGGCUUCAGUCAUGUCUCUGUUAGCCAUUUCUGUGGACCGAUUCCUACGCGUCUUCAUCCCUCUCAGGUACAAGAAGACAGUGACAGAGAGGAGAUCUUGGGUGGUGGUAGCAAUAUGUUGGUUUGUUGCCUUCAUGUUGAGCUUCCUACCCAUGUUUGGGUGGUACAACGGUGACAACUUGUCUCACUCAGGGAACUCAACCACCAUCCCCUGCCAUUUCCUGGCUGUGAUUCCCAUGUCAUACCUUGUUUACUUUGCCUUCUUCCUCUGCACCCUCACCCCGUUGCUUAUCAUGGCUGUCCUGUACUGCUACAUCUUCUGUAGCAUCCAGAGGAAGCUGAGAGAGAAGGUGGGGAGCGGUGCCCAGUCCCACACCUACUUCAGGAAGGAGAGGAGCCUGGCCCGAUCCCUGACUCUGGUCCUGGUGCUGUUCGCCUUCUGCUGGCUCCCUCUGCACUUCAUGAACUGUGUUGCCUACUUUGGUAACCCAUCAGACAUACCCCACCAGGCCUUCUACGUGGGCAUCCUCCUCUCCCAUGGCAAUUCAGCUGUCAACCCGAUCGUGUAUGCCUUCAAGAUCCGCAAGAUCCAGGAAGCGUACCUGAAGAUCUGGAGGAAGUUCUUUGUGGGUCGAGACAGUCAGGGCUCUCAGAACAACCAGACCACUGAAAACAAUAUCAGCAGCAACCCUAACAGUGCGGCCAGAAAUAUUGAUGGCAAUGCUAUCAGCGUUGUGAAAAUCGACACAGUUGAGGGUACAGCAUGUUAA